GCAGUGCACUCAUCUUAUCUUACCUUAUAAAUGUAUAAUUUUCGGUCGCUUCUUUAUUCUAUUUUUAUUGAAGGAUGGUUUAUUAAAAUUUGAGAGGAUUGUGCACUCUAAUAAAUUAUAUUAAAAUAUCCACACCCGUACAUAUAAUAAUAAUAAUAUUCUCAAGUGCCAAAUUAUUUCUAAAUGGCUAGAGACGGCAAUCUAUUUUGAAAGAAAAUUGUCAAAUCUUCUUUUUUUUAGAAUAAAUUUCUUCGACUAAAAAACAAAAAUAAUCUAAAUUGCAGUAUAGUACUAUAUAAUUUCUUUAUUUAUUUAUUGUCGGAACGAAUCAUUGCAUUCUCGUUGCCUUAUUCAGUAAUUAAGCAACCGCAUCAUCUAGCGAGCAUACACUAGAAGAAAACCACGUGGUACGUUCCGUUGGCUUGAAAAAACGGACCUGUUUUUCUUUUAUUUUGUUCUUUUUGGGGAAAGAUAUGAAGAGUUGAAAAUUGAAAAGACCAAAAUGUAUACGACAAGACGAGUUACAAUGCCGUGAUUUAAAACGGCUCACAUAUCAUUCGCUUGCUCGCUCGCUCUUUCUCUCCUCUCUCUGUCCAAAUUCGCGCCUGACCGUCAAAAAUCACUUGGUGUUCUCAGUCGUAUUUUGACAGUUCUAUCUGCUUUCUCAGUGCUUUUGAUUCUUCCAUAAAUUGGGUUCAAACUUUGCUUGUAUUUACAAUGCCGCCAUUCAUAUCGACCUCCAAGGCUGUUCGGUCCUUGAUAACGAGUAGAAAUGCUGCCAAACAUUUGAUCAGGUCGGCCAAAAACGGUCAUUCUAAAAUUGAUCAAAUACGGUGUUAUAGUAGUAGCAUUUUUGGCAUCUCUACUCCAUCGCUCAGUGAAGUAAUUAAUAGGAAGAUUGAUUUUAGUUUGGCAUUGGGAAGCUUGUAUAAUAACAUUACCGUUUCUCAAAGAAGACGAUUUCUUGGCUGCGGAGACGGAGACGAAGGUGGUGUUUUAUCCAAGGUUUAUGAAGAGAGGCGCGUUAUGGGGUAUUCACCAGAGCAGUUAUUUGAUGUGGUUGCAUCUGUGGACUUGUAUCAUGGAUUCGUGCCAUGGUGUCAGCGGUGUGAGAUACUCAAACGCUAUCCGGAUGGAUCAUUUGAUGCUGAACUGGAGAUUGGUUUUAAAUUUCUCGUUGAGAGUUAUGUUUCUCAUGUAGAAUUAAACAGACCUAAAUCAGUAAAGACAACUGUGUCAGAGAGUACCCUCUUUGAUCAUUUGAUAAACAUUUGGGAAUUCAACCCUGGACCUGCUCCAGGAACUUGUGACCUUCAUUUUUUGGUGGAUUUUAAGUUCCAGUCACCACUUUACAGACAGGUGGCUUCCAUGUUUUUCAAGGAAGUGGUAUCUAAACUGGUUGCUUCAUUCAGCGAUCGUUGUCGCUUGAUAUAUGGACCAGGAGUGCCUGUCCUUGAGAACUCAUAUGGACAAUAACACCUAAGAGCUUCAGUGCAGAAUGAAUAUCCGAGUAUAUUCUUAACUGGUAGGAUCAAAUGAACAAUCUCACGGGCCUCUCUUUUGUUUUGUUUGAAACCCAACCCAUGGAAUUAUGAUUCAAGUGUUUAAUGUCUCCCUGCUCCACUUACGGAGAAGAUUACAGCGUCUCCCUUUCCACAUCAAGCAUUCUUUACUUGAUAUGAUUACUCCGAAUAAAUAUUCUCUUUGUGAUCAUUGUAUUGUUUCUACGUGUACUCUUAAAUGAAAGCCGAGUAAUGCAGCGUAUUACCCAA